UGCAGCGUGUGUAAUGGAUUCAAGAUGUCCGCGGAGCAUUGGCACGGAAGACGUUCCAGUGGUCUCGUCGAGACAACGUGAUUUUUUUUUUUUUACACCCACGACAAGUCGCUCCUCGUGCUGGUUUCCGUGCCGCGGGGAUUGAUUGCGGACAGUCUACCCCCGAUCUUUUCAACGACGCCUUCAACGAGAGGGAGAGACAACCGCGAGAACCGCGAUGACGUUCCGCGGCAAUAGCUGAUCCCGCGUGGCACCUUCGAUGUCAGUGGAGGAGGAUGAUUUCUCAAAUUUUUCGACGUCCCAGACCAGAAGUGAAUCAUCCGUUACAUUAGAUUAUCAACAUGACUCCACAACUGAAUCGAAAGCGUGGCUCAUCCGUCAGUUUUACCAGAGCAAAAGAAGACAGCGAGGAUGCCGAGGAUGAGAUUCAUAUAUCUCUAGCACCCUAUAUACAAACAUACCUAGCACACAGUAGUCAGGGAUUGGGAUGUUGCGGUGUAAGCUUGCCAGUGCCGUUCGAACGCGCAGCUCCACGAUCAUGGUGGAAUCCUAGAUUCGAUUCGGAGAUACUGGAGGAACAAUAUAAGAGAAGUGCCUUUCCCCAAAUUAGAUUAAGAUUUCGGUACGCUCUCACGUAUAUUCUGUUGGUGUCUUUAUCAUGGCUAACGUAUUUUGUGAUAAUCGGCGGUGAAAACGAUGCGCUGACAUGGGCGGCGAUAGCCGGCGUUUGUGGUAUCGUCAGCGUCACAGUCGCGGCUGUGUUGUAUUUAACACACACGGAUUACUACAAGUCCCGCGUACUACCGAUUUCUCUGGGAGUAGCGUUCGUGCUCUGUUUCCUGUCCCUGCUCUUCCUCGCUAUGGUACCUCCCCACAUGGACGGACUGACUCUGGUCGGACAUUUCGCUCUAUGCACAGAGAUCUUAUUACUUAUUUACACGGUAUUGCCGAUGCCGCUCUACGCCUGCGUAGGAAUAUCCACGUUUUACUCGUUUAUGUUCGAGUUUUUGACCGCUUAUCUGUACGGCCCCAGAGACGUGGAACGAGUUGUUGUGCAACAUAAUUACUCGGAAAUGACAGCCGACAGUGGCGCGCUGGCAUCCGCGCGUUCGUCCAUGAAGAAUCCUUCAAUUGUUACUGGUCUACGGAAUGUGAUACGUAAUAUUAGUGAUCUUACUACGAUUAGCAGCACGGAAACGAUGUUGACGCUGGUGCGUGAAGGCAGAAAUACGAUGAGCUUGGGCUCGAGAUUCUCUCUGGAACAAGAAGCUCAACAAAUGAACGACGCUUUAAGCAGUUCGAAUAUCCUAUCGAGAUUAAAUUCCACUGUACAAUCGGCGAUCGCCGUUAACUCGUCGUCUGUAGAUAAUUAUGCUAGUGAUAGUUUGUUCGCCGAUGAUAUUGAUUUCUCCACGAAUCUCGCAAUAAGAAUCUUGAUGCAGAUUUGCAUCCACUUGAUAGGCGUGCAUAUCUUAAUAAUGACCUUCGUGAGAAUGCGCGGCACAUUUAUGAAGGUCGGUCAGUCUCUUCUGGUACGUCGCCAGCUGGAAAUGGAGAAGCAAUUGAAAGAGAAGAUGAUACACUCGGUGAUGCCGCCAAAGGUUGCGGACUGGCUCAUGGAGGAGAGCGAGCGCGAGAGAGAGCGAGAAGAUUCUUUGAAGAAGGGCUCGAUACCUUCCAAUAACACUGACAUCCGUUCGUUGUUCCGCCCAUUUAACAUGCACUCGAUGGAAAAUGUCAGUAUUCUAUUCGCCGAUAUUGUUGGAUUUACUAGAAUGAGCUCGAACAAGACUGCCGAGGAAUUAGUGGGCAUUCUCAAUGAUCUGUUCGAACGUUUCGAUGAUCUUUGCGAGCAUCACGGAUGCGAAAAGAUCUCAACGUUAGGGGACUGUUAUUAUUGCGUGAGCGGAUGUCCCGAACCGAGAUCCGAUCACGCCAAGUGUUGCAUAGAAAUGGGUCUGGCUAUGAUCGAAGCUAUAAAACAAUUUGACAUCGAGAGACGGGAAGGUGUGAACAUGAGAGUGGGCGUGCACACGGGCACUGUUCUGUGCGGAAUUGUAGGUACUAAGAGAUUUAAGUUCGAUGUCUGGUCGAACGACGUGACUCUUGCGAACAAGCUGGAGAGCACGGGCAAACCUGGCCGUGUGCACUUGAGUGAGAACACUUUGAGAUUUUUGGGAGAUCAGUACAUCACGGAGGAUGGGGAGAUAGUCAAUGGUGUUAAAACUUACUUCAUCAGAGCCCGCAAAUCGGACUUCAUGAAUCAGUUCAUCACGAACGUCGCGUCGCCCAAGAGCAUCUCGCCGUUGCUGCAAUCGCGAAAUCGCGUGGCGUCUUGCAACACUCAAACCAAACCGCGGCAUCACUAUCUCUACAUGGUCACCAACGCGAGCAACUACCGAAUGAAGGCCAAUUCGUUGCCCAGUAUCUUGGACUCCGAAAACGACGGCGACACCAUGGACGAAAAAGAAGAUUCGAACAAGAGUCCGACGUCCACCGCUAGCUACGGCAAAAAGAAAGUGCGGAACAAACCGUGGAAAUAUCUGCAGAGACAGCGAACGACCGAGGAAAUGACACCAUUGGAAAUAGAAGAAGGGAGGAAUAUCGCUAUGGGACGAGCGAAACCCGACAUUCCGAUGUAUGAGGAAUGCAACGGAUUCAGACAGGUUCCUCUGAACAACGGCGUCGAAAUGGAUCCGAAUCCUGUACCUUCUAGUCCUUUAUUAUCUGGUCAAGAACCGAUUAGUCACGCUUCUUCCCUUUGCAGCAGAAAAGAUUCCGGAAUCAAGAGCAACAGCAGACGGAGUAGUAUACAACAACAGUUGUUCUUGAUGAAUGGUAUGGCUCAGGGUGAUUUAUUAGCACACAGAGUCAGUGGUUAUUAUACUUCUAGUUCGACGUUGAACUCCACGCACGAACCUUCGUCUUCGGUGCCUCCUUAUCCGUUCCCGCCAAUGGUGACCGAUACCUUUGGUGCAUGUUUUCAAAAACUUCGUAAACAAUCCGAUCUCCAGUUAAUUAGAUGCGUUCAAGACAACGUGACCUCGCAACGUUCGUAUUUCGUCAAACCGCCGCUCUCGAGCAUCACUCUCUUUUUCAAGAACAAAGAAAUGGAAAAGGAGUAUCGGGAGAAUGCGCACAAGGCCAACGAGAGUAUCGGCGGUAAUCCACCCACUCUGGCCACUUCGAGAUUCAACACGUACUUCGACAUUCUGAUAUCCGCUCUGGUUUACACGGCCAUCACCGUCUCUCUUUUUCUGCUGUGCAAACCGACGGUAUAUUACUCCGUGUUCUUCGUACUCGCCACCACCAUUCAAGUGAUCGCGGUAUCGCUAUGCACUCGGCAGCUUCUAUAUCCAAACACCGCGCACGCAACGUUCACGCAGAAGAUAUUCAAGUUCUUCUCGCUGUGGUAUCCGUGGCACGUGUGCGGCGCUAUCCUGGUCGGUCUACCGAUCAUCUCCAUCUUGCUUAAUUUCACGUGCAACGUUUUACGCAGUCUCAACAAUUUUGAGUACUACUACAGCUAUCUGAUCUUCGUCGGGCUCGUUCAUUUUUGCAAUUUUACGCAGCUUAACUGCUGGAUGAAGAAUCUGCUGGUAACCCUGACUGGCGUUCUGUUCAUAUGCCUCGUGAUGAGUCACAUAUCGCCGUAUCAUCAGAUGAAUCUCAGUAAUAGUAAUAGUAGUAGCGGUAGAGGUCGUAGCAACACAUCGCAAUUGGUCGCGCUGCAUCCGAACAUGUUGAAACCGAUUGCGAGCGAUCUGGACGCUACGAGAGAUUUUCUUUCCGCUGCAGCUACGACAAAAGUGCCGCCGUCGGUCGCGACGCAUGUACGGCAAGAGGCGUCUUCCGCGACUCGAGAGGCGGCUCACAUACCAUACAACGAAAGAUUGUACAAUUCCGAAAUAUAUCUCGAUAUGGUGCUGCUAUUGUUACUGGUUUGGUUUUUGAACCGGGAAUUCGAAAUCAGUUACCGGCUGUGCUUCCACGGCAACGCGGUGGCGGCGCGCGACAAGGCGCGCGUACAGUCGAUGAAGAACCAAGCUGACUGGCUGCUUCACAAUAUCAUACCCAAGUACGUCGCCGAUCAGUUGAAGACCACCGCCAAGUACUCGCAGAAUCACAAGUCUGUCGGCAUCAUAUUCGCCAGUAUCGUCAACUUCAACGAGCUGUACGACGAGUCGUAUCUCGGCGGCAAAGAGUAUCUCCGCGUGCUCAACGAGCUCAUAGGCGACUUCGACGAGCUGCUCGAGAAGCCGGAGUUCGCGAACGUCGAGAAAAUCAAGACGAUUGGCAGCACCUUCAUGGCCGCGAGCGGUUUGAAUCCGCAGGUGAGGCAGCAGAGCGAACACGAGUACACGCAUCUGUUUCAGCUGCUGGACUUUGCGGUUGCGAUGCACAAAGUAAUCUGCGACUUCAAUCGAGAUCUGUUGGGCUUCAAGCUGAUUCUACGAAUCGGCUUCAACUACGGCGACGUAACGGCCGGCGUGAUCGGCGCCACCAAGUUGUAUUACGACAUCUGGGGCGACGCGGUCAACAUAGCGUCGCGAAUGGACUCCACCGGAGUGGCCGGCAGAAUACAGAUGGCCAGCAAUAGCCUUGACGUUUUAUCAGAGCGAUACGAAUUCGAGCCGCGGGGACAGGUGUACGUCAAAGGCAAGGACAAUAUGGACGUAUUUUUGUUGGUAGGUAAGAAAGGGAAUGCUUGUACAUGAAACGAUCCUCAUUGUUACAUGAGGAUCGUUUUGGGUCAAUUGUGCCGAUAUUUUCUCGCGCGACGAUAUACAUUACCUAUAUGAUCUAACGUGUGGCCUGCAUUGAGAUCGUAAUAGCAUUUAGAUUAGAUAGACAUUCAUCUUUAGUAUCUCGACAGUUGUAAUAAUUUUUACAUAUAAUUUUCCAUAUAAUUUGAUACAUUCAAAGUGUUUUUUUUUUUUUGAAUUGCAAGAAAUUGAUGACUUAUUGUUCGUUUUAAUUUUUUGGGAUUUUUUUAACCGCAUGAUUGUGUAGUGAAAAAAACAACUACACGUAUAUAUAAUUUUCUUUUAACAAUGCGUACGUGUUCAAUAUACAGUAAGUAAAAAAGCAAAAGUAUUACAUACAUAUAUACUCGAGUUUUAUAUAGUAUUUAUAUAUAAAUUAAUAUUUU